AUGAAUAAUCAGCUAUUGAAAACGUAUAAUCCAUUAAUCUUGGCAUCUCGUUGGAGAGGCUAUAAACAUCCAGGGGGAAUCAGAUAUCCCGGAGGGAUAAUAUAUUAUCCCAGAAAUCCAGACCAUAAGGAUCCUGAGUGUACACCAUCAAAACUAUUCAGAGUUGAACAAAUUAAAAGUAGUAAACAUCAUCCUUGGUGGCAAAAAAGGAUUCUAGCGGAAUUAAAACUAAAUGAAGAUAACAACGUAGCAAUCGUUAAAAACAUACCAGAAAUGAAUGGAAAAUUGUGGAAGGUAAAACAUUUAGUUAGGAUAACACCAAUAACAUUUCCUUAUGGAGAACCAACAGAAGAAGAUAUAAAAUAUACUGUUCUUAAAGAAAAUGGGCAAUGUAUAGUAACAAAGACAUUAGAGCCAGAACAAAAGCAAAUUGAAGCUUUAGAAAUGUUUGAAAGUGAUCCAAAAAAAAUGGAUUCUACCACAAUUAAGAGAGAUUCAAGGCUUAAAUGGAAUAAUGCUUUUACAGGAGGGUUU